UAGAGUGGGUUCUAGGAGUUGAGGCAUUGUGUUUGCUCGUAUAGGAGUAGGCCUAACUAGUACUAGUAGUUUGACUUGUCCGUUGUGGAAGGAUAAACUGAAUCCAUGUAAAAUUGGUGUCUUACCACAAGGUUAAAAAUAAUUAGUCGUUAAUCCGAUAUUUUGAGUACUUAUACCAGUUAAAGUAUAUAAUAUUAACAGACUUGCAAUCGUACUAACAAUCAGUGUCGGUGAACUAACAUUAUUAAAAAUAGAAGUUAACUCAUAAGUUAAAACUUAAAGAAUUAAGAAAUGAGCCGUGACGACAGUGAUCGAGAAGGAAGUAAUGAUCACCAAGAGAAUGGCUCCCAACAUCUGGAAGUGAAAAGCCCAUCUCCUCGUCAAUCUCCAAGUCGAAGAGAACGGAGAAGAUCAAGAUCACGCAGCCGUACUCCACAUUCACGUUCGAGAUCUCAGUCACAAUCCAGACGCCGUCACUCGUACUCAAGGUCAAGGAGCCGUUCAUAUUCUCGAAAACGUCACCACCAUUAUAAGUCAAAAUCUAAGUCCAGAACACCAAAGCGAAAAAGAUACUCGAGAAGCAGAAGCCGUUCAUAUUCACCAAGGCGAUCAUAUUCGCCGAGGUAUAGUCCGCGGCACUCGUCAUAUUACAGAAAUUGUAACAGUGGUUAUAGUGACCAUGACUUUCACAGGAGCCGCAGCAGAUCCCCUACGUCCAGCCGACGACGACAUCGUAGCAGCCGGUUAGAAAAGGAUUUUAGGGAUAAUCCAGAGCCUUGCCGAUGUUUAGGUGUCUUUGGUUUGAGCCUUUACACACAGGAACGGGAUUUAAAAGAAGUUUUUGCUAAGUAUGGUCCUGUUGAUCAAGUUCAAGUGGUUUAUGAUGCACAGAGUGGAAGGUCUCGUGGAUUUGCUUUUGUCUAUUUUGAAAAUAUAGAAGACGCGGAAGAAGCUAAGGAGAGAUGUAAUGGACUAGAAAUUGAUGGGAGAAAAAUUAGAGUUGACUUCUCAAUCACCAAAAGAGCUCAUACGCCAACUCCAGGAAUAUAUAUGGGGAAACCUACCUUUCCAAGAUAUGGUGGUGGCAGUAGCGGCAGCUACAGAGGGCGUUCUCCAUCGCCGUAUUACCGUGGACGCAGAUAUUCUCGUUCGAGAUCUCGUUCAUACUCUCCUCGUAAGUACUACUACUAAGACAUUGAGAAGAGACUAGAGUAUGAAUUUCAGCAUGAUUGCUGCACUUCAGUUUGGCAUGAAAUUUCAUAAAUCCUUGUCUGUUCUGAUUUUACACAGUAAUUUAGAAGCCAAUACAAGUCUGAUGUACAACUAUGUUGUAAUAAACUUUUUGUAUUUGUCCUAAUUAUUUCACUUUGUAAGUUUACUAGGAAACCUGAAAUGGCAAGGAUUUGCCUACUUUAAGAAGAUAGUUUAUAAAAGAGCAUAUAAAGUUACCAUUUUACAUGUAAGAGGUUUGAACAUUAUAAUUUUCUUACAGAAAAUAAGCCUGCUUUUUAUGUUUGGACUUUAUUGGCCUGAAAAUUUUGUUCAUGAUCUGUUGCAAAAAACUGAAUAACUGGCAUAUCUGUUCUCUUAUGUUUAUUUGUUUAAUCUACAAACAAUAAAAAGUGUGGUUAGAUAAUAAGACAUAAAAAAUAUGUUCAAAUUUCAACUGCUAAUGCAAUUAAUUUUUUUUUUCCUUUGAAUGACUGAUACAGUAUUCUGUUUUGUCAUUAUCUUGUAUUAAUAUAUAAUUUCUUUUUAAAUCAUUCAUGUGAAGAAAUGCUUGGACAUUUUUAAAAGUCAGUCAUUUUUUUUCUUUUGGAGUUGAAAGCAUUUAGAAUUUAAUUACAUGGAAUUUUAGUAGUAGCAACAUUGUAUAUAUCAUAUUUGGUGUCUUACUUGUCACUUUUGACAUGUAAAAUGUUAAAAUGAAAUAAAAGGCAUUUUUGUCAGUGUAGAAUCAA